AUGCCCCUCCCAGGCCCACCCAGUUUGGACCUAGGCCCACCCACUGGGGAGCCAGGCCUAACCAAUCAUAAUGAGUUUUCCCCACGAUCCCGCAGGUCCAGCCCCAAAGCGCCAGCGAAUGAGAAGGAGUGCCCAAUGAGCACCAUGAGUAGUGAGACCUCCAACUACACAGGCGGCUCAGACUACGCUACUCACCCCAGUAGCCCCGCAGCAAGAGACAGCAUGGGGAUGAAGCUAUGGAAGAAGAGGUGGUUUGUGCUGUCAGAUAUGUGCCUGUACUACUACAGAGAUGAGAAAGAGGAGGGUAUCCUCGGCAGCAUCCUCCUGCCUAGCUUUCAUAUAUCUAUUCUGUCUGUCGACGACCACAUCAACAGGAAAUAUGCCUUCAAGGCGACACAUCCCAACAUGCGAACGUACUACUUUUGCACAGACGCAGCCAAAGACAUGGAGUCAUGGAUGAAGGUGAUGACAGACGCUGCCCUGGUGCACUCAGAGCCUAUCAAGAGCAGGUUACUAAAAGUUGAACAGUGCCGUCCACAGGACAUCAGUAACCACAUUACCCAGAACCACCGACCAGUCCUAACCCGACCAGUGAUCCAGAACAACGAGCGGAACCAAGCUGAGGCUGAGCGGGUACGGGUACUUUACACUGUUGCUGCCGUAACCACAGUAACCUCCACCAAGGAGAAGGGGAACAGGAAGCAGUGUGAUGCGGAGCGCUACGGUUUCCAGAAAGAAGGGGCAGAGAGAGACCGUCCGCUUACUAAGAUCAACAGCAUCAAACUACAGUCGGACCAGGCAGCAGCUGUUGCUGCUAACAUCAGAGAUGGAUCCCCACGACAGGCAGACACACCAGACGGGCUCUACAGAUCCCCACAGGUGAAUGGGUCUGGGGACCAGAGCCCAGGGGAGAUGAUGGCCCACCCCGAGCCCCACCAGACCCCCUCCAUCCUGGGUAGCAUGACCCCUACCACUCCUACCCCCCAGUACCCCCAGCAAGAGCCUGAGCCCAGGGCCCUGACCAAGACCAGCUCCAUGCAGCAGCUGGAACAGUGGGUCCGCACACAGAGAGUACGCAACCAGGACGACGACGCUAGAAGUAUCAUGUCGUACCAGACCCUGCCUAGGAACAUGCCCAGCCACCGGGCACCUCCAGUCAUGCCCCACUGCGGGGACCCUGGCUACCGUACCUUACCCAGGAACAGCAUGGUGCGGCCGGACAGUAUCUGCAGCAUGUCCCCUACCAUAUACGACCAGGCCCUAGGCAUGGGGCUGGGCCUGGGGAUCUCGCCUGCAGACAAGAGGCGCUCCAUGAGGGACGACACCAUGUGGCAGCUGUACGAGUGGCAGCAGAGAGUGGGCUACACUCCCAGCCCCAGACCAACGUCGUCCACGCCCGGGCCAUACGGGACCCUGCCCAGCCCCAAGACCAUGAUCAACUUGUCUGAACACCAGGGUGACAGUCACCAAUCUAUCCCCCCCUCGCCUUCCCACGGCUCCUUGUACAUGUACGGAGGCUACUCGCCCCUCCGCUCCUCCUACAACCACAGCUCCACUAGGUCAGAAGUGGGCUUGCCUGUAUACCAGGGGGAUAUCACUAUAGACAGGAGACACAGCAGGACAUCCCACCUCAAUAAGUAUGCCUACCCGCCUGACAGGAGGCCAAUGCCAGCUGGGAUCCCUGUCCAGACCAUCACUGCCCAAUCUCUGCAAGGCAAAACAAUGAGCCCAGAGGAAUACAGGGAACACUCCUGCAUGUGCAGGCCGGAGGAAGUCGACAUUGAUGAGCGUCCCCGCAGUGCAGUAGACCAGCUGUGUGGUGGGCCUGUGGAGAAGGAGAGUGGCAGGCCCAGGAUGAGUGUAGAGGAGCAGCUGGAGAGAAUCAGGAAACACCAACAGGGGGCAUUAAGAGAGAAGAAGAAGGGGCUUCACAUCAUGGUGAUCAACAGCCCUCAGCAGGGACAGCUAGGCCUGCAGGACAACAACACACACAGCCAUCCACACAGUCACAGUAACACACCAACACCCUCACGAAGCACCUCGUUCACCAAAGAGAACCCCUUCCAUAGCCUGCAGAACCGUCGUCAGCGUGACGAGGUGAUGAGCAGUGACAUCCUGGAGCUGGAGGCGUCACUCAGAGAACAGGAAGUGUUCAGAGAGCAGGAGACACCUGCCGAGGAAAUAGCACGACUCAAAGAGGCCUCGCACACUGACCACUACAACAUGGACAGAGGGUUGUCAGUCCCUGAGAAGGUGUUGAUUCCAGAGCAUUAUGUAGAGUCAGAUCCAGAGGAGGCUCUCAGCCCAGAGCAGGAGGCUGACAAACAGAAGAAGGUGGACCGUAUUAAAGCCCUCAUCGCCAAAAACAGUAUGCAGAAUGUGCUCUCACCUCUGAGUGGGGUGCUGAGCCCAGAGGAGGAGGCUACAGCUCAAGAGCAGGAGAAGAUGAUCAACAUCUCCUAUGAACUGGCUGCUGAGGCUUCCAAACGCAGCAAGCUGGUCGCAGUGUGCAGCUUGUCCUCCUCCUCACCUCUUCCUGAGCCCCAACCAUCCUCAUCUCCACCUCCUAGCACACAACCACCACCCCAGCUCACUGAUGGGUCCCACUUCAUGUGUGUGUAAUAGGAGUAGCAUCAGUAAUUGUGUGUAGGAUUUCCCCCCAGGCCCUGGCUUCAGUGAAGACCUACAGGUGAGAGAUGUGACACAGAGAGAUGAGGAGGCUCCUGUUUUCUGUAAAGAAGACCUCUACACAAGGACAUGAUACACCCAGCACAAAGUUCAGACCAAGAGAACUGUACUCGACAGACAGAUAUUUGGACCACGCCAUGCGCUGGGCCUUAUUUGCUGUCUGCUCAAUCUAUGCCUCACUGUGACAUCACAUCCCUCUGUGCCAUGGCGUCACUUCCUGUGAUGUCAUCACCCUUUGACGUCAUCACCACCACAUCCUCCCGUCUCCCUCCCUUCCCCCAUGGGAUCACAACUUUGCAACAAAAACACAAUAAUAAGACAUCGAUACUGUUGGUUGCUGUUAAGAGUAGUUAGUUUCAUUGCCGUUAUUUAUAUUGUUUGGAGUUUGUUUGAAUAUGGCUGAUGUGUGUGUCAAGAAUAUAUGGACUGAACCCUGCUGUGAUGAGGAUGGCACACCGUUAUGCCAUUGAUUCUUUCAUAGUUUAAGAGUUCCACUGUUCAGCACUGUUUUAUAACUCUUAUUGCAUUUCAGUUCAUAUUUUAGUUCGUAUUGAGUUUACAUUUGAGUUCAAUCCCAGAAUACAAACCAUUUGUUUUAUAUGUAAAAGUAUAAAUAUAUAAGAAGAAAGAAAUAUAGUUGAUUUAUUAUUCAAAGAAGGUGCCACUUUAUUCCUACUGCAGAAUAAGGAUUUUGUUUUUCUGGUUGGUUGUAAUUAUAUUUGUCAGUUUUUCUGCCAUUCCCUGGCUGUUCCAAAUGGCACAAUAUUCCCUAUGAAGUGCACUAAUUUUGACCUUUGCCCUAUGGGGUCUAGUCAAAAGUAAUGCACUAUAUAGAGAAUAGGGUGACAUUUGGGACAAACACCCUGUCGCACAGUUGUUGCCAACUUGCAUGAAUGUUUUGGCUUUAAAAAGAGAUGCUUUGUUUAGUUUUUCUAUUUCUGAGAAGAAAAGAGAAUAUAUAUUUUGACCAGACCCAUAUGGGCACUGGUCAAAAGAAGUACCGUAAUUUCCGGACUAUUGAGCGCACCUGAAUAUAAGCCGCACCCACU